GCGAUCAGGCGCGAAAGCGGUAGCUGGCAAAGCAGAGACUGAACGUGUUGCAGGGCGCUCAGGCAAGCUCCCUCGCUUGGCUACAUCAGGUCAGGAUGGGCGUCUUCUCCUUCUGAAGUGCACACACAAUGCUGGCAGCAAAUGCCGGAGGUCACUUCACAAUUCCGUAGUGAGGCCGCAGCAGUCUGUCAUGCAGAUAACUGCUGGCACCUUGAAACGAAGAGAGCGACGCUUGCUUGAAACUUGAGCGCUGCAAGGGGUAGGGCCCAGCUCCGCAGGACUUAGCAGCAUGGAAGACAUGGAGCCCUCAAAGAUUUUAGAGAAAAUUGUCUUGCAGAUCACAAACGGAGGCGCUGAGUGCGAGAUCUACUUGGUGGCAGGCACCGCCAGGCACCGUGUGUCAACCGGGCCACUUGCGCCCCUGCUGGACCAGCUUGACGCCGUCCGAGAGCAGUACUCUUCGGACGCGUCCGAGAUUGUGUUGCAGCCACACGCAUCCACAGAUGACGUGGGGCCGAGCCCUAGCGGUGGCUGGAAGGUCUUCAAGCGGAGCAAGUCAAAGGGGAAGAAGGGCAAGAGGGCGAGCACUGGGGGAGAAGAGCCUCCAGCCUGGUUCACUCGAGAGACUGCCGAGAAAGCGUUCCACCUGCUCUCCUCUUUGGAGCUGCUCGAACUGCCGGCCCGCCUGGCGCGAGACCUCGAGAAGGUGCAUGAGAAAGAGAAGGUGGCGCAGCCGUACCAGCGCGCCAGCCUGGAGACGAGCCGGAUGACGCUGCAGCGCGAGUUUGCCAAGGCCAUGCUGGUGGCCAACUGCGCGGGGUACAAAGCAGAGGACAUGGGCCCCGUCAAGAGCUUUGCAGAGGCUUUCAAGGGGAGGAGGCUUGGGGUUGCAUGUCAGGCCUUUGAAACGGCUUGCAGUGCGGCCUUAAGCCGGCUCCCUCCUCAAGCCGCGAAGCAGGUCGCUGCCCCUCCCGCAAGCUGGCCCGCCAACCAGAUCCCAGUGAUCGAGGCUGACGCCUUUGACGACGACAGCGAAGCCCCAGCCGAACCUCAGCAGAGCGUCGGUGAAGUGCAGACACCUACAAAGGUGGAAACAAGAGAAGCGGGCACUGAUGCAGAAACUGCUGUGGACUCGGGUGUUGCCACUGAGGGGCAGCAGGGUGCGGCGGAUGACCUGGUAGAUCGUGUUGGGGGAACAAGCAAGGAGAAGAAGGGGGAGCUAGGGGCGGGCAAACCUGCAGCUGCGGUGGCCAGCAACGGAUAUCACGGUGUGGAGGGGAAAAUGCCCAAGGCUGAGGGGGCAGCACUGGCUAAAGCUGUGGAGAACGCAAAAGAAGCCCCUGCAGAAGUUGAGCAAAAGACCCCUGAUGCGAAGGAAGCACCGCAGCCGUCAAGUGCGGCGGGCUUGACUUCCAAUGCCCCCGCAAGCAAACGCCCGCAGGAAGUUCUGAGCGCUCCGGAUCCUGACACCCCUGAAAAGGGUUCCGCUUCCGAUGGCCCCGACCAAGCGCUGCCCGCCCAGGAGACGCCUGCCAAAGACGGCCCUGCAAAAGCUCCCUUAGCGGCUGCAAAGGACGAGUUUCCAGCUCCGGAGUCACAACCCACUGAGCUUAGGCAGAACGAAGUGCCCAGCGAAGCCCCGGGUUCAGUCGCCGUCGAUGCAGGCUUGCGCGAGAUCGAGCCAACUCCAGACCCCUCGUCCCCGGUACUGCGCGGCAAGCCCGCGCAUACCGGAAGCCCCCUCUCCUGGUCGGACGAAGACGAGAUGAAGCUGGCGCGGCACAGCUACGGGUCGCAGGGCUUGGCGGGCAUUGGGGCGGCGCCCUUGCACAGCGCAGAGGAACCAGGGGCGUUUGAAAGCGAGGAUCUGCCCCUCAGCGCGGCUGCGGGCUCCCAGCCAGUUGACAGCCCAUCUGGAGCGGAGGGGCCUGGGGGGGUCGGAAGAGCGGGGGAGGUGGUGAAGGAGCGGCAUUCUGACGAAGCGGCAGAGCCGGAAACGGCUGAUGAGGGUAAAGGGCAGCCGGCAGAGCUUGCGAAGGAGCCCGUCGGGGCGGGGCAAGUUGACGAUGAAGGGACAGUACCUAAGGGUAGAGCAAAGGGGGAGCCAGGCAGCGAGGCGGCCGCUGGAGUAGCGCCCGUGAAGGUGGGGACGUCGCCUGCGCCCAAGGAUAUCGACGAGCUGUGGCGAAUUACAAAGGAGAGGCUCUUCACCCUUCCCCCUCGGGAGAACAUUGUUGAGCACGGUGUUGCUGCCAAGGAGAGAGACCAAGAGGUGGCCUGCGACGUUGCAGAAGCGGGCUCGUCUGAGCACACUCGCAAGGGCGCAGUAUCAGAGACUGGUGCAAGCAGGGGCAGUGAAGCAGCGUCGAACGUUUCGGUGGCUGGGUCGUCGAGGGAGUUGACGAAGAUCGGAAGCGACUCUGGGAUGCAGGGAGUGGCGGUGUCCGCCCUAGCGGGCAAGGCCCCUUCUGAGGAAACCGUGGCAGCAGGCUACGGCUCGCGGCUCGCGGCUACGGCUGGCGUCCUUUCCGCCACUGCGCUGGCAGCGGAAGGGCAGCGCUUGUCUCAGCCCCAUGAACCCCGUGAAGAAGGCACCGGGCACACAGGCACACCCGUCGACGCUGAGAUUGCUCCUCGGGGCGCCUCAACAGCGGUUCCGGAAGGAACAAACGGACCGAAAGGCGAGUCAGCGCCCAAGGAUGACGCCACGGUGCCAGACACAGCCCCACCGGUCUUAAUAAAGGAGAGCGGUGCACCGGCGUCGGAGGGCGUCGAAACCAGCUUGGCACAGGCGGUCGCUUCCCUUCCCUUUAAAGAGCUGCCGAAGGGAGGAGAGGCUCAGUUGGACGAUGGAAGGCGUUCAGUCCCUGGUGCCAGCACCGACACUCUCCGGGCGUCCGAAGACCCUUCGGACACAGGCCCGAUUCCGGUCCUUGAGCAGGGGUCCGAACCAAAGCAGCUAGGCAAUGACAGCGGUGAGGUGGUCGAGAAAGAGAACACCACGGAGGAAGCCUUCGAAACGCACUCCGACUCCUUGCAGUCUGCCGCUCCCGCUGCCCUGAGUCCGCACCCUCCAAUUCUUCCCAAAGCGCGCAGCUACGACAAGCCAUGGCUGAGCCACUCGGUUCUGCCCGCAUCACGGUCGCCCAAUGAGGGAGCGCCAGCUGGCGAGGCGCACGGCCCGAGCAAAGCGGACGCAGGAGCGAAAGACACUGAGCAGCGGGCGUCGGAGGGGCGCGCGCGUCGGGACUCGAUGGCGAGCUACAAGGAGCGGAGGCAGGCCAAGAUGAAGGAGCAGGAGGAGCGGAUCCGGGGCGAGCAUGAGGCGAAACUCAAGGCGCUGGAGGACGCUCUCGAGAAGCGGAAGGCCGAGAUGGCCGAGCGCAGCCGGCGGUCCGCGCUCCUGUCCGCCACCGCAGCAGACCGGAGGGCCGCAAUGGACGGCACCACAGCAGCGCCGGCAGCACCAGAAGACACCACAGAAGAGGCCAAGGAGCGCGCGCGCGAGCGCCUGCGCAAGUACCGCGAGGACAAGGGGCUGGCCUCCGCCGAGGCGUCCCCCCCUGUGGGCAGCCGGGUCAACCAGCUGCUGGCCAAGCUGGGGGUCAUGGUCGGGAACAGCCCAACCGGGCAGUCGAAAACCGGCCCCUCGGCAGCACAAAAGCUUCCCGACGGGAAGAAGUCGGUCGACGGCACACGCGGGAGCUCCAUGGAGAGGAGCCAAGAAGGGCGGAGCCCGUCUAUGCCGAAACCCCGAGGGCAGCAGAGCCCCCGGGGGACUUCACCGGGCGCGAGGAACGAGGGGGCAAGCUCCCGGUCAACAAGCGCUCCUCGCAGGCGCAGCUCCAGCGGACCGCCAGAUGGCACGACGGGCGGCCAGACCGCCGCCGACAUUCUGAGCCGGUCCAUCUCCCCUGGUCGAGCGUCCAUUGUGCGGUCGCCGCAGGCCUCGUCGAGAGGGCCGUCGCCGGCUCGCGCUGCGGCUUCUGUUCUUGGGCCGGGCCAAGCGUCCCCGGGCAGGGCCUCCCUUGCCAACACUCCCAAAUCCGCCGCCUCUCCUUAUCCGUCUCCUAGAGGACCCCUCUCAGGCCGGACUUCUCCGAAACCAGGGGGGUGGAACAAGCCUGCAAACACACCCCCGGCCAAGGUUUCCACGGCAGCGGCCCAAACCACCCCCCGGGCUUGGAACCGGGCGACUUCGGCGCCUCAGGUAGGGGGUCCCCCGUCGCAGCGAAAAGCACCCCCCCAAGCACCUUCGCCGGGGACGUUCGGACGGACCUCCCGGUCGACAUCGUCGGGCACGUUCGGAACUGGCCCCCGGUCUAGCUCCUUUGGCGCAGCUCCCCGGUUGUCUUCCCCGGGCACUUUUGGUAGGGCUUCCCGCCCAGCCUCUGCGGGGGCGGUAAAGAGCAGCCCGGCAGCGCCGAAGUUCGUACGGCCCACGAGCGCGUCUGCUGUCGAAAGGAAAGUCGAAGUGCUUCCAGAGGACUCCACGACCGAUGGUGGGCGCAUUGGGGCGAAGAAUGGGUCGAGCGCGAGGGGCGUCUUCCAGCCCAGGGGACCGUCGAGCGGUUCUCCCUCCACGUCCAGACCGCAAGACGGAACCAAGCCCGCCUGGUCCUCCGGCCUGCGCGUCACCGUCACCGACUCCAAUCCCCGCCCCCGCGACCGGUUCGGCAACCGCACCGCACUCCCCCCGACGCCCCACCGGCCCGAACCGAGGCGCUCGCUAUCUGCUGCGGGACCCCCCAGGCGAACGUCGCUUCCAGGAAGCACCCGCAGCGCGUCGACGACGGGGAUCAAGCCGGCGCCGGCGAAAGCGGCCGAGGGCUUCAAGAGAGCGUUCGGUCCAGGCGGGUCGAACCCUUCGACUCCGAGUAGUCAGCCGGCGAAUCGCCUCCGGCGAGGCCGCCACAGCAUUGCGGCCGUGCCUUCGGCUCCCAGUCCGGUAGCCACCCCCAGGCGGUCCAGCGGGGGCUUCGGGGCAUCGAACACUGCUCGGGAACCCGUAAAGGUUCCCGCCAACCCAGGGACUCCAGGGUCUGCCCCAAGAACUUCUAGCUAUCUCAUGUCGGCCAAGGACCGGCUACUCAGCCAGACCAAGGCGUCGCAGGCCAAGCUGGCCGAGAGGACUACUGCGGCCGUCCAAGAUCCGCCGAGCAAGCGGCGGGAGCGGAAGAGCGUCGCCGGAACGGGGCAGGCAGCGUUGGGCGAAAGGAGCACCCCGGUUGUUCGCCCUGCAAGGAGAGCGUCUGCCGGAGAAGCGUACCCCCAGGUUGAGACAGAUGUGGAUAACGCAAGCGUGGAAACCGUGCGAAGCACGGGGUCGGUCGCGGGGGGGAGCUUCCCAGCGAGUCCCUUGGUGCACCAGAAAGCCCCGGGUGAAAUUCUUGAGACACCGGUGGCGCCGCAAGCGAGCGAGAUUGCGGUGGAGCGGAGCAUGGAAGACGCUGGGGUGGAGAUGAGGCGGUUGAAAGGGGGGGCGUUGGAGCGGAGCUUGGACAGCGUCGAGCAGUUGUUCGGGGAGGAGAUCGUGCUGGGCGAGGAGGACGGAACGGAAGACGAGCGGAACAAGGCGGAAGCGUUCGCCCGGCAACAGAAGCUGCUGGGGCUGCUGCAGGCGCGGCAGCAGAGCCCACUUACCGACAACUUGGGGGACAUUCGAACGGAGCAAAAUUCUGUUGAAAGGAACGGUAACGGCCGGCUCGGAGAUGCAAGACAUGGGCAAAUGGCGGAGUCAACUGAGUCUAUGUUUGGAACCAAGGGGGAAGGCGGGGGUAGCGAUGUUGAGUUCGGCGCUUCCCCCCCGACCAAGAUAAGGAAGCGGUGGGAGGAACCGGUGGAGCCCCUGGUGAUGCAGAAGAGCCCGGGGGACAGCGGCGGCACGCUUGGCAAGCUGGGGAAGCUGUUCUCUAGGAAGUCGAGCAAAGGAGCAGAGGGGGAUGCAAGCCCGCUCAAGUGAUGAACCGCGGCGCGGAUGCUGGAGAGGGGACCUGUUGUGUUGGGUCGCAAACAGGGGUUGACGAGGUCAUCUCAUGGCUUCGUAGAUCAUAAUACUCGCGCAGGCUCUGAUGCAUUGUCACGCAGAUGAAUUUUCUCAGUACAGAUUGAUUAUUACUAGUACAGAUUUAUUGGUGCAAGUAGUUGGUUGUCGAUCUGAUUUGGAGUGAUUAUGAUAAUUCAGCGAGCUCUGAGGAGCUCUGAGCAUCAUAGGAACACGCGUCGUCCUCACUCCGGCCAAGUUAUGUAGGCUUAAGUCCAGGCUCGAAGUUCUAGGCUCGCUUAUCUGGCUGCAUGCGCCACAGCAGAGAUGACAUUAUAAAACAUAAGCAGGGUAAGCAUCUGAAUAGUUGCGUGCAAUGAAUAAGUUGGGGCGUGUGAAUUUUAUGUCGGCAUGACCUGCAUCGACUACGUUUUGGUCGAGUCUCAUGCCAACUUAGGUACAG